GGUUGGAAGGAGGUGGUCUUGGAUAAGGGAAGGGCCGACUCCACUUGGAAGAGCAAUGGAGUUGGGGAGUUCUUCUAUGGAGAGAGGGGAGAGAACGCCUUUGCUAAGUAAGAGCUAUUCAUCAAGGCAUUGUGAAGAUGACACAUCACUGGAAGUACGUGAAGGGCCUCAGUUACAGGACAAACCUAGUGACUGGAAAGCACCAAAAAUUAUUCUGGGUGAGGUUUAAUCUAUUCCCAUAUCAUAUAGGUUGUUCAAGAUAACUUUCAAAGAUUUACUAAUAUGGCCACUGUAUGGUACAAGGCAUGUUCUUGCAGAAUAUGAGCAAAAAUGCUGCAAGUGUUCAGAGUUUUAACUAGUUUUGGAGGUAUCAGGAAUUUUCUAGGCCUAGUUUGGUAUGACAUUGAUACUAACGGAAAACAUAAGAUCAAACUGAGAUUCUCAUGGUUUUUUUUUUUGUUUUGUUUUUUUUUAAUUUGGUUGGUUAUGUACAAGCUUAAUUUUUCCUGUACUAAAACAAUCUUUUUUGAGUACACAGCAUAUGACUUAAAUUUCCUUGUUCUUCUAGGAUUUGAAUGCUUGGAGAGUACAGCUUUCAAUGGCAUCGCUACAAACUUAGUUGUAUAUCUACGCAAUGUCCUCCAUGGAAGCAAUGCUUCUAAUGCUGCAAAUGCUGCUACUUGGAGUGGAACAAGCUAUUUUAUACCACUGGUUGGAGCUCUUAUAGCUGAUACAUAUUGGGGGAAUUACAAGACAAUACUCAUCUCCCUCACAAUAUAUCUCGUGGGGAUGAUUACCAUCACUGUCUCGGCUUUUGCUCCGUCUUUAAAGCCUCCUCCAUGUGAAGGAAGCUCAUGUCAGCCAGCAACUAGAGCUCAGAAUCUCAUGUUCUUUUCUGGGCUGUAUCUCAUUGCUUUUGGGAGUGGAGGAGUCAGGUCGGCAUUGCUUCCUUUUGGUGCAGAUCAAUUCAGUGAUGAGAACCCGGUCGAGAGAGAAAAGAAGCGUGCUUUCUUCAGUUGGUUUUAUGUUACUAUCACCUUCGGACUGCUUACUUCGGGCACUUUGAUAGUCUAUAUACAGGAAAAUGUAGAUUGGGCACUUGGGUUUGGCAUUGCAACAUUGUGCAUAGCUUUGGCCUUUGGAGGCUAUUUGUUAGGAACACCAAUUUAUCGGCUGCGGAUGCCAAGUGGGAGUCCUCUGAAGAGUGUUUUUCAGGUAUUGGUUGCCUCUUGUAGGAAGAUGAGCUUGGAAGUACCCACAGACUGCACUCUAUUGCAUGAGGUGAAUGACAAGAACUCGGAUAAUUUGGGACAAGAGAGAUUGAUGCAUACUGAAGAAUUCAGGUUUUUGGACAAAGCUGCUAUUAUCUUGUAUUCAGACCUAAAAGAUAAUGAUCCUCAAAGUUCAUGGAAACUUUGUACAAUAACUCAAGUGGAAGAAUUGAAGAUACUUCUGCGCCUGCUGCCAAUAUGGGUGACUGGCAUCCUCUACUGCACUGCAUAUUCUCAGAUGAAUACCACUUUCAUCCAACAAGGCAGUGCGAUGAACACGAAGAUCGGGUCCAUUUCUAUCCCUCCUGCAUCCUUGUGUUCUUUUGAAGUGAUAUGUAUCAUGGCUUGGGUCCUUUUUUACAAUAAAAUCAUAGUUCCCAUAACUAGAAGCUACAUUGGGAACGGAAGGGGACUUUCACAACUGCAGAGGAUGGGAAUUGGCCGGUUUUUGAUGAUCCUAGCAAUGGCAACAGCAGCAUUUGUGGAGGCGAGGAGAUUGGAGAGGGGCAAGGCUGGUGAAUAUAUAAGUAUCGCAUGGCAACUUCCCCUGUAUUUUAUUAUAGCAGGCUCAGAGGUCUUCAGUCUCAUUACCCAGCUUGAAUUCUUCUAUGGCCAGGCACCUGAUACAAUGAAGAGCAUGUGCACAGCAAUUGCAUUGCUCACCAUCUCCUUUGGCAAUUACUUGAGCUCUCUUAUUGUCACACUUGUUGAUCUUGCCACGACAAGAGGAGGGAGUCCGGGGUGGAUAUCGGAGGAUUUGAACAGUGGGCACCUCGAUUAUUACUUCUUGGCAUUGACAGGCCUGUCUGCAUUGAAUUUUGCUGCUUAUCUAUCUUUCGCAAGGAAUUAUACACUGAAGAAAACAUUUUAGAUAACUGAAGUUGGAUUUACAAAGCUAAUUAAAAACAACAGUUGUUUCUUGUGUUAUGUGGAAAAUUACAAUAAACUAGAUGCCUUUUCACAACUGCGCCUGUUAUACAAAUGCAGCAUGCUGUGGAAAAAACAGAUCUUUUUACCAAUAAUAGUGGAUAUGAUAGAAUUGAAUCAUUGUAAUUGGAUUGUACAUUGUAAGAGAUUGAUAAUAUUUUGAAAAAUCAAAUAUUUAUGUUAAUACUCU